GAGACAGGCCGCGGCCCAGGCUUUAAAUUCAAAGACGGUGCGGAUAGAGGAAUGACGCUGGAGAACCCGUUCUUUGUCGUCAAGGACGAGGUGUGCAAGGCGUUGAACAAGAAUCGCGGCUUGUACGGUCGUUGGAGCGAGCUGCAGAAUGUCGCGAUCGCGUCGCCGACCGGUAUACCGCUGAGUGGCUCAGCCACUGCAAUCUCACGUACAGACGAACUCGAUUGGACCACCACCGAAUUGCGGAAAGCACUUCGUUCCAUCGAGUGGGACCUCGACGACCUCGAGGAUACUAUCUGUAUCGUUGAAAAAAAUCCAACAAAGUUCAAAAUCGACAACAAGGAGUUGACCGUUCAACGGAGUUUCAUUGAGCAGGCACGAGAGGAAGUCAAGAUCAUGAAGGACAAACUGAACUUGAGCAGAAGUCGGGAUCGUGACAGCACGGCAAGACAGCCGCUUUUGGACAACAGCCCUGCGAGAGUGCCGGCUAAUCAUGGCACUACUAAAUACAGCAAGCUAGAAAAUGAAAUAGAUAGUCCAAACAGACAGUUUCUCAGUGAUACAAUGCAACAACAAAAUUCUAUGAUGAGACAGCAGGACGAACAGUUGGAUAUGAUUGGGGAAACAGUUGGUACAUUAAAAACAGUAUCCAGGCAAAUCAACAGUGAACUAGAUGAACAAGCUGUGAUGUUGGAUGAAUUCGGGAAUGAAUUAGAGACGACAGAUUCCAAGUUGGACGCUACCAUGAAGAAGAUGGCCAAGGUGCUGCACAUGAGUAAUGGUAACUAUAACAAUUACAUUCCCGCUCCUACUACUCCGGUGACAUCCAGCGUCACCGAUCUCGUCUCUGAUAACAAACCCUCCUCCCUUUCCUCUUUAUCUACCACAAUCGCCAAUUGUUUUUUGUGUUCUAAUGAUUAAUUGUCAUGCUAAUUGUCUUGCGCCUUUAAACAAUUUGAGGGUACCAAUAAAAGAUAUUGUAACAUUUUCCGAUACAUUUUCAAUCUGAAUGGUUUUAAAAACACGAUAUAAAUACGAAAACACAAU